AUUAUUAUUUGAAAUCAUUUCGGUGAAACACUCUUUGCACACGUCCACCUUCUGGCCUAUAUAAGGAAUCAACCCCCGAGGCCUCCCACUGCGUUCUCAUUUCUCGUGUUCGGUCUCUUCUCGCGUCUCGCCAGCGAUUGCCAUGGCCGGAAAGAUCAAGAUCGGCAUCAACGGGUUCGGAAGGAUCGGGAGGUUGGUCGCCAGAGUCGCUCUCCAGAGCGAGGACGUCGAGCUCGUGGCCGUCAAUGAUCCCUUCAUCACCACCGAUUACAUGACAUACAUGUUUAAAUAUGAUACCGUGCAUGGAUCAUGGAAGCAUCAUGAGAUUAAGGUGAAGGACUCCAAGACUCUUCUCUUUGGCACGAAAGAAGUUGCUGUUUUUGGUUUUAGGAACCCCGAGGAAAUUCCAUGGGGUGAGACUGGUGCUGAGUACGUAGUGGAAUCCACUGGUGUCUUUACUGACAAGGACAAGGCUGCUGCUCACCUUAAGGGUGGUGCCAAGAAGGUCAUUAUAUCUGCUCCUAGCAAGGAUGCACCAAUGUUCGUUGUAGGGGUGAAUGAAAAUGAGUACAAGCCUGAUAUUAAUAUUGUUUCUAAUGCGAGCUGCACCACCAACUGUCUUGCUCCUCUAGCAAAGGUUGUUCAUGACAAAUUUGGUAUAAUAGAGGGUUUGAUGACGACAGUUCAUUCAAUCACCGCCACUCAAAAGACCGUUGAUGGUCCAUCUAGUAAGGACUGGAGAGGUGGACGUGCUGCAAGCUUCAACAUCAUUCCCAGCAGCACUGGUGCUGCCAAGGCUGUUGGAAAAGUUCUCCCUGCCUUGAAUGGAAAGUUAACUGGUAUGGCAUUCCGUGUCCCAACUGUUGAUGUGUCUGUUGUGGAUCUCACUGUCAGGCUUCAGAAACCAGCCACCUAUGAGGAGAUCAAGGCUGCCAUCAAGGCAGAAUCUGAGGGAAAGCUUAAGGGCAUCCUGGGAUAUGUGGAGGAGGACUUGGUGUCCACUGACUUCCUGGGUGAUAACAGGUCAAGCAUUUUUGAUGCAAAGGCUGGAAUUGCUUUAAAUGGAAAUUUUGUCAAGCUCGUGUCUUGGUACGAUAAUGAAUGGGGCUACAGCUCGCGUGUUGUCGAUCUGGUCCGCCACAUGCACAAGACUCGGUGAACCGUCUUCCUCUUAUUGGUCAUGCUGGUCACUGUUGUAGGUGGCCGUGCUUUUUUGUUUCUGUUAUGAAUAAAUGUUCAGUCAUGAUGUCUAUCUACUAUCUUAAUUAUCUCAGGCACUCUGGUUUGGGCAUUAUAUGCAGCCCACCUACUUUUUUGUAUUGAGAAGUUUGGUAUUUGAAUUACUCUGAUUUUGGGCACGCUGAAAUAUGUAGUUCGCGCUUAGGCUUUACUGA